GGAGGACCCCGCGGCGCGGACCGACUUCUCCCGGGCCUCGGACGUGAACCUCGCCUGACCCCGCCGCCCCGCCCUCCGUCUCCUUCUAGGAACGCCUGCCAGCCCCGGGUGCCCGAUGCCCAGGCUGGACGACCGCUUCUGGAGCUGCUCCUGCGCUGCGGGCGCCAGGCGCCGAGGCCCCCCGGGAGGGCUGGCGGCCAGAGUCGGGGAGAUGAUCAGCUCCUCGGUGUCCGGCCCCUCCCUGCUGGCGGCCCGCGGCGCCCCGGACGCCGGCCCCGCGCGUGGGCUUCGCGGCGCCGGCAGCGGCCGCGCCACCGCCUGGCACCGCCACCUGGUGCAGAGGAGCCUGGUGCUGUUCUCCGUCGGGGUCGUCCUGGCCCUGGUGCUCAACCUGCUGCAGGUGCAGAGGAACGUCACCCUGUUCCCCGAGGAGGUGAUCGCCACCAUCUUCUCCUCGGCCUGGUGGGUUCCUCCCUGCUGCGGGACAGCAGCUGCUGUCGUCGGCUUGCUGUACCCCUGCAUCGACAGCCACCUUGGGGAGCCCCACAAAUUUAAGAGGGAGUGGGCCAGCGUCAUACGCUGUGUGGCCGUUUUCGUGGGCAUCAACCACGCCAGUGCCAAAUUGGAUUUUGCCAAUAACGUUCAGCUGUCCUUGACGUUGGCAGCACUGUCCUUGGGCCUUUGGUGGACGUUUGACCGUUCGAGGAGUGGCCUCGGGCUCGGGAUCACAAUCGCGUUCCUUGCCACUCUGAUCACACAGCUGCUGGUGUACAACGGUGUCUAUCAGUACACGUCCCCAGACUUCCUGUACAUCCGCUCCUGGCUGCCAUGUAUAUUUUUCUCAGGCGGUGUAACAGUGGGGAACAUAGGACGACAGCUGGCAAUGGGUGUCCCUGAAAAGCCGCACAGUGACUGAGUCAUCUACCCAUGGAUUCUGAAGAACAGCAAGAUGUGGGAGAAAACCCAUGCUUCAGAUUGUGACAAAGAUGAUCUUUUUUCCUCAAUAAUCUAUUUAGAUUGGGCUGACUGUACAAGUGACUCCUGGGGGGAAGAAAAAAUCACCUAUUUUAGAAUAGCAAAGUGGGAAGAGUGACUACGUGCCUGAAGUGUCACCUCGGCUGUCCUCGUACCUGCACGUGCCCUGCAGAACCGGGGCCCCUCGGCCGUGCCCGAGCAUCCGGUGUCAUCCAUGUUCUAGAAAGCAAGUUGCCACACGUCAAAACCUUGAGCUAAAGCCCGGCUCGCAGCCCUGUGUGGGCGUCAACAGGGAAGACAGCUCGAUGGUACUUAACCAAGGUGGAGUGUGGUGGCAUAGGAAUAUUUAUCCAAAAGGUUUUUGGUGGUUUUUUUUUAAAAUAGGGUUGUGCAGAAAAAGAAACAAGCCACGGCGAACAUAGCGGGUCUCAGUGCCCACGUGGCCACGCGCGCGUGCCUGCCUUGCCGUGAACUCGGUGCAGACAAUCCGAGAGCAAAAGGCCAUGAAAGGUCAGUUCUACACUGUGAAACACGGAGGUCUCCACCUCGGUGUUUAUUAGGAAGUCUUAUCCAAAACCCGCAGUCGUCUCAGAGCGAGCACCUGUGAGCCGUGGAGUUCGGGGUGUGCGCCCCACAAGGUUUCUUUGCUACUCCAGAGUGUAGGGACUCUGUUUUUCCCCACAGCCCUAUGGAAUCUGCAAUCUGUGAUUGCCUUGUAGGAAAAGGAGUGCGGGGGUCACUGCAUUACCCAUUUGGUGUUUCUGAAAAAUGCAGAGAUGUUGGCGAGUGCGAUGUCUUCGUGGAAGGGUGUAGACCAUAUCAGACCCGGCUGGCAAGUAUCGGGUCGUUAACUUCAAGUGCAAUGUCUAUGAAAACCAAUCUGAGCCUUGUAUUCUCUUAAAUAUUUAUUUUUUUUUAAACGUACGAGAUGUUAAAAAGAGGGUUUCUCCAUUCAUUUCAGUGCUGCAUGGAGGCAAAAUUCAGCAAUAAUUUCUUUUCAGUUGUGAAGUUACUUUGUUGGCGUGCCCUCCACUGAGCCCUAGUCCUUUGAAAUACUCCAGUUUUGUGGGUUUUAGUAAACGUGUAAUUUUUACUUACAAUUUUUUUUUUUUGUAUUUUGAAAUUUAAGUGUUUCUGGUUUGUUUUCAAUUCUGUGGGAGCAGCUUGAUUAAAAGAGCCGUUUGGAUGGGAGUCAGCAGGCCCGACAGUGGACGUGCGCACUUGGUUCUGUCUCGGAAUGAUCCUUGUGGCAGGGGUUCUGUUGUUUUGAGGAAAAUGUCAUAGUAAAUUUUAAGUUACUAUAGCUAAUUUGUUUUAGAGGAAUUUUGUUCUAAAGAAAAUGGGAUCAUUCUGAACUUUGCAAUGACCCCUUACACAUUUUCUGAAAACGAGAACGAAUGAUUCGCUGCAAAGAUUCUUUUCAAUGAAGAUGUCAGCAUUAUGAAAAACCGGAAUUUAUUAGCUGAAAGCAGUCAUUGAAUCUUUAAAAUAUACUUGAUCUUGCACAAACAAUAAGUAUUCUUUUCUCUUCAACUGGAAGCAAACCUGUAUCUGUUAGAAAUAAUGUAGCCAAAAACUGUGAAUCUGAAGACUUUUCGCCAAUUCUUUACAGCAAGUGUAUGAACCAAAGUGACUUGAGUUUGUAAAGGUGUAAAAUAGCGUGCACGGAAUUUGCGCUGCACCAGAUGGGAACAUCCAGUGAGACCCUCAAUUCACUAAGUCGCCAGCGUCGUGUUCUUUUUGCAUUCAUUUUUUUUAAUUUCUAUUAAAGGUUCAAAACCAA